AUGUCCUGCGAAGAGUUCCGACAGCUGCUUGCCAAUUAUGAUCUUCUUAUCGAUUCCAUCUCAACCUCCAAAGGUGCCAAGGCGGGCCAGAAGACCCUGCAAGAACUUGAUCAGUUUCGUUUUGUUGACGCCCCGGCCCUCUUUUCGCAGGAUGGGCCGAAACGAGCCAUGAAUCAUGACGAUGUCAAAUGUCUCGUUGACUGGAAGCUUCGUCACGGGAAAUUUCGCCCGACGCUCAUGAAACUCGUGUCAUCGAACGACUCCUCCGCUGUCGAGGACACCGUUAAGAAAGCCAUCGACAACUACCGAGACAUGGCUGACCUUUCAGCUGCGCUGAAUAUCUUAACCAAAAUGAAGGGCAUUGGCCCUGCCACUGCCUCGCUUAUCCUCGCAGUUCACUAUCCUCAAAAAGUCCUUUUCUUCUCAGACGAAGCAUAUUACUGGCUGUGCAAUAAGGGUCAAAAGGCUUCACUCAAGUACAGCAUGAAGGAUUAUGAGCAUCUCGACUCUCAGGCCAGUAAGCUCCUGAAAAGACUUGGUGUCGGGGCAAUGGAGGUCGAGAAAGUGGCCUAUGUACUCCUCAAACAAGAGGGUUCUAUUCCGAAGCCUACCCCAGACUCCCCUUCAACUUCCGUUAAGACUACGUCGAAGCCCAAGCAGUCAGCGCCAGUAAAAAAGAGGAAGAGUGUCGAAGACUCUCUGGAAGACAAGGUUCCACUCAGACGAUCAAAGCGCGGGAAGGUGGCACCAUGA